AUGAGGUCAUCAAGAGCCACCAUCGCCUUCGGCGGUGGUGGCUAUGGCCUCUUGGAAUUGCCGUUUUCGGACAUGGCCAACGUCAUGCAUCCGGACGAAAAAUGGUUCAACGCGGACAAGGAUCACCGAAAGGAUGUGGCCCUUCGUCACGAAGACUCCUGCUGCUCAAUCAUCGCGCAAUCGUUCAGCUGGAAGAUUGGUGACUACGCUGGCCGUGACGAGUGGGUGGUCACGAUGCGACGGCAGCCACCAAACAGCCCGGACUUGAACGUUAUCGGCACAUCCAUGAGGAGAGGAGGUAUGGCCGUGUCUGUGUGUAUGGGGCUGACCCCACGACUGAGGGCAUCUCUCAGCGGGAGCGUCCGGUUCAUCGUGUUGGUGUUUGUCGUCACCGAGCCGGCUGACGUCGUUGUCAGCAUGACUGGGUGGAGCCUCGAUGAAGUGUUUGCGAGGCUAGUUGCGACUACGGAGCACCAGCAGCAGAUGAUCCAACAACCGCUGGAGGCCCAAACCCAAGCACAAGCGCAAGUGUUAGCAAAUCAACAAGCGCAACACGAGAAUCAACUGAAGGCGCAGCAGGAAAUGCAAGCAGCGCUAGUUCAAUGCGUGUCUAGUGAAACCCGAAGCUGGAAAAAAGUCACCGGCGAUGAUGAUUAA